UUUCGAUCUCAACAUUUACGCUGGCAGGGUAUUGGUCACCCGACGAUGCGUAUCUUAUUUGGCAAAGCUUCGGAUGCUCAUAGUCUAGUAUAUUGGCUACGAAGAGAACAUGAGCAAGAUAUCUUGGUUUCCACCAGAAACGAUAUUGAUGAUGCUGAGACAAUGGAGAAAGUGUUACAUUACGGACUAAGGUCAGAUGAUCCUUACAUAGGUCGGAGAGCAGGUCUUACUAGUUGCUGGUUAUCUGAUGAAGAAGAAGAUGGUUUGGCUGAAGAAGAAGAUGGUUUGUCUGAAAAUGAUGAUAAAGGUAAUGAGGCAGAAAUUAGAGAGAAUGCUGAUUAUUUAGGUGAUAGGCAUGAGAUAGAUGAUUGCAAAUAUAAGAAGUUUGAGAUAGGUCAAGAGUACAAGACAAUUGAUAGUUUCAAGCGUGCGGUGAACAAAUACGCAGUGAAGAAGAGAAAGGAUAUUAAAUAUAAGAAAUCAGAUAGAAGACGUGUCACAUCAAUCUGUUCAAAUGGGAAGUGUCCUUGGAGAUUGUAUGCUUCAAUCAACAGUUUUUUAACUCGGGUUGUCAUAAGAUCAUUGCAAGAGGAGCACAACUGCACUUGGCAAGGAAAGGUUAAACCCGGAUAUCUCGGCCAAUCAGAUAGAAGACGUGUCACAUCAAUCUGUUCAAAUGGGAAGUGUCCUUGGAGAUUGUAUGCUUCAAUCAACAGUUUUUUAACUCGGGUUGUCAUAAGAUCAUUGCAAGAGGAGCACAACUGCACUUGGCAAGGAAAGGUGUCUCUUCUAACGAAUGCCAGAAUAGCAGAUAUCUACAUUGAAGAGUUUAGGUUAAACCCGGAUAUCUCGGCCAAUCAGUUGCAAGAGAAACUAUUGUCUACGAACAUUAAUCUUCUCAUAUGUUUGAUUGAAUGUAGGACUUUCUUCUCGGAGUACUCUAAGUGUGAUGCAGUGGAAAACAAUUUGGGAGAGUAUUUUAAUGCAGCAAUACGAAUUGCAAGGACAAAACCGAUUGUUGAAAUGCUUGAAGAGAUUAGGAAAAAGCUCGAAGCCGAGAAAGACAGAGGUGACUACACUCCUAGAGCAAAGCCGAUAGAGCUAGGUAAGAAUUGUAGAUCAUUACCUUGCGGGAUGGGAACGUACGAAGUGAGCUACUUUAGUGAUAGGUACAUCGUCCAUUUGAGGAAUAAAACAAGUUGUACCUGCCGGAUGUAUGUCGUUAAUGGUAUUCCCUGUUGCCAUAUUGCAUCCGCACUUAGGCUAGAGAGAAAGGCUGAGCAAGAUCCGAAAACGUGGAGAAGAUUUGGGUGUGCUAUGCAAGAAAAAGUUACAACUGAUGUUCGGAUAAAUCCACCUCCACAUAAGAAGCCUCUGGGUACGCCUCCAGGAAAGAAGAGAAAGAGAGAGAAAUGA